AUGGCGCAAUGUCAGGACGACGAUGUAGGAGAAGCUGCUGACGAGCCACCAAACGACGCUGCCGCGCGAACAGGCUUAGAUUUCAUGCGAGGGCUUCAUGUGAACCCUCCGCCGGCCUGCACUGCCGGCCCGUCAUCGUGCAGCGGCAAAAAGAUGCCUCCUGCUCGCCCUACUGGUUCCAAUGCCGUCGCGCCGGACAGUGCUCCCGCCACUGUCAGCGUGACAGAGGUCGGCGAGUCUUCGUCUGGUGCCUCGAAGAAGAGGCUGAGAUACGCGCAAGCCGUACUCCCGUUCGGCACGCCUCCUGCUAAGCCGGCUCCGCCUCCAACUCCCACCCAAGCUCCCUCGCGUGUUUCUCGUGAGCUCUCCCGAGCCGAAAAGGCAGAGGAGAGAUUUUUGAAGGCGCAGCAGCUAUACAUCACCCAAUGGCUGCCGAAAUUUGAUUGGCUGCUGCUGGAUAAGAACGAGGAUGGGUUGCACAUCCUGCGCUGUAGUAUAUGUGUGGAGCACGGCAAGGACGACGCGAAAUUCGGGCGCAACGGCACGGGCGGAUGCGAUCUGCAACUCGGAUCGAUGAGAUGUCAUGAGCUGAGUGGCCGCCACGACGAAGCAAUGAAAAGGCAGCGCACGCUCAUGGCCGAGAUCGAGCAGCAGACACGCAUCAACGAUUUCGCCAACACCGACAAGGAAGGCGCGCGGCUUACUCAUCUCGUGCAUGGGAUUGAGGAGGCGCUCGUGGUCAAGGAUGCAGCGAAAGCAUACCCAGACCUCAACAUGAUCGAUGCGGCUGUGCGCGCGGUGGGAGAGAUCAUCUGCCGCUCGAACAUCUGGUACGAGCGGUUCAAGGAGCUGCAAUAG